AUGUCUGUUCCGCAAUCGGAGUACCUCCAAAGCCCGUUCGUUCUCGUCACCACCCGCCUCAUCAUCGUGCCAACUCCGAUCGCAGUUCGAUGCAUCGCUUAUGUCCAGCUCUAUGGUAGCUUGCACGCCAACGAGGCGUUUUGCCAAAUGGCGUUCGGUCCGCAUUUCCUCGCUCGCGACCUAAGCGAUGAAGACACGACAAACAUGAUCGUCACACGUGACCUCGAAAGAUGCUGGAGGAGAAGAGGAUUGGGCGAUUUUGCAGUCGGUCUGCGUACCAGAGACAAUGGACUGGAUAUCAGUCCUGGUCACGUUGGGAGGGAACUGGAGGGGGAAGUGCCCGUAAGACUUGUGGAGGUUGUUGGUGAUGGAGAGCUGGACGUGUCGGUCAGUGGACUGAGUUCCCAGCUCCUGAAUCGUGUCAAGUGGGUGGGCUACGCAGGCGUCCGGGAUGCAACGACGACAUCGAUGCCAGACCCAGUCGCAGGUGAUGAGCCGCUGUCGCCGUGGCAAGACAUGGUCGAGCUGAGAUAUGGUGUGCACGGCGACUAUUGGGGCAAAGGCGUGGCGGGAGAGGCAGCGAGAGCAGUGAUGCAGUGGGCGGCUAGCGAGAGAGGCGUGAGACGGUUUAUCGCGGAGACGGAGAAGACAAAUACGAGAAGCGGGCAGGUGUUGCAGAAGAUGGGGUUCAUGCAAAGCAAUACAGACUAUUGGAAAGAGCCCAGUGAGCUGGAGUGGGAGAAGGUUGUAGUGUAG